AUGAGCCAGUGUUUACUCGGAAGUCUCCAGCACUGUGCGCGAGACGGCUCUGUGGCGCUCGUGUCGGCCGGGCAGUGCCGUGGCGAGCUGCCGCCGCGGGCCCCACGUGGCCACUGGCUGGGUGGGGAGCCGCCAGCCCGCCUCCAGAGGAGACCUGCAGAGGCGGGGCCGCAGCCAGCAGCCAGCUCCCCAACCAGCCAGCCAGCCACGGCCUCCACAGCAGUGCUGGCGCCGCAGCUGGAUUGUCCGAAGCGCAAACGGCCUGUUCAGCUACCACUUGAGGCCAAUUUGCAAGGAGCUAGUUUUGCUUCCGUCGCCGCUACGGUCUUGGGUUCCGCCCCCCACGCGGCCGCGCCACGUGCGGCAGAUGUUAAUCUUGCUGCCGCCGCGGAAGCGAUUCAUGUGUCUGCUGAUGCUACUGUCUCUGUUCUUGCGACUACCGGCCAGGAAUCUUUGUCCGCGGUUUCGGAAAACGUGCCUGCUGUUCUUCAACCGGUUGUGGGUGCUGUUGUGUCGGAGACUGUCUCUGACUCCGUGCCGCCGUCGGUAACCGAUGUUGUUCCGCGCCCUAUUUCGGACCCUGUUGCACCUAUUGUGUCGCAGUUGGCACCCUCUCCUUCUGUGCCUGCACCCGUCGUUGUCCCCUCUGAUGUUUCUGAGCCUAAUCCUGUUGCGGAAUCACGCGAUAAUUUUCUGGAACCCAAACCGCAACGGGAUGAAGCUCGUUCCCGGAGUUCCAGUCGGCAACGCUUCCGCAGUGCCAGGCGCUCCCCCGCUUCUUCUUGGGCGUCGCAACGCCGUGCCGCGCGGCGCGACCUCGACGUGGAGCUCCGGCCGCCUCAGGCUUCCGGCUCCGGGCGUCAACCGCCGCGCAAACAGCAGCAACAACAGCCGCAGCGGGCCUCCUCUCGCCACGCGCAAUCAGCUGAUGUGAGUGUUGCGGCGCAGCAUCCGCCCGACUCAGUCUCGGCUGUGACUGCGGCACCUAUGUCGACGAAACGGAAGGCUGAGGAUGUCCACCGACGUCGCGCUGGUCCUUCUAUCCACGACCGCGUGUCGGUGCCUCCCUCCGACGUGCAGAUGCCCGUCAGGGAUCCUGUGUCGGUCGCUUCUGCCGUGCCAGCUACUGCCACCCUGCCACCCCUCUCCCCCUUCGAGCCUUCGGAGUGGGCGGAGGAUGUUGUGGAGGGUGAGGAGACAUAG